UAAUCUCAGGAAUGGAGCCUAGUAAUUUACAAGACUUACAAGACUUAAUCAUAUCCACGGAAUGUCCUGAUCCAGAAGAUAAAGCUUGGUCCAUCCCGGUGCAAAUAUUGAUAGAUCAAUAUGAAUCAACGAAGUACAAUGAUGCUCUUUGUUUAGGGAAUUUCUCAUUUGUGUUGCAGUCUGAAGAAGUACCCACUCCCAGUCAACCAUCCACAUCUGUGAUCAAACCUAAACGCAAAGAUGCUAGAAAAUCAAAAGUACAUAAGUCACGUGGAACAUCAACAUUCCAUUUCUGCGAAAAAUGCACUAAGGAAUUUGGGUCUAAAACAUUGUUCAUUAGACAUCUGAAGUCACACUCAGAUGAGCAGCCGUAUCAAUGCCAUCUAUGUAGCAAAUCGUUCAAACACUCCUGGUUGAAAGAUAAGCAUAUAAAACUAAAUCAUGCUGCUAUGUUUGGCAAUUUGCAAGUCACUAAUGACAACAGUAAAGGAGGGAACAUUCAUAUAUGCAAGAUAUGCCAUAAAACGUUUCCUUAUUGGAACACCUAUCUUGAUCACGUCAAGGCCCAUAAAGGUGUAAAGGACCUAACGUGUUCAAAGGACAACUGUACAAAAUCAUUCAGAACCGUCAGUCAAUUAAAUGAUCACAUUAGGGGACAUGAAAAUGGUUUUGGAUGUCGAUUUUGUAACAAAUCCUACAAAAGCAGAAGUGCCUUGAAAUCGCAUGAGCAAAAACACACAGAGGAAACUAUUGAGAACAAGUGCACUAUUUGUGCAAAGGAAUACAAUUCUAAAAAUGCACUAAAGAUGCAUGAACGAAGUCAUUCAAACCAAAUAUCGAGCCAUAAAAUGGCUAGUUCACACAGUAAGAUAUCUCCACUCAAUGUACCUGCUCAAAAGUCAACCGAAAGCAGCAACCAAAGUGCCAUCUAUUAUGAAGAGGUUGACAAUCAAAGAUGGUUCAGAUGUAAAUUAUGUCCAAAUAUACGAUCAGCUGAUAUUUCCACUAUAAUGUCUCAUGUUUGCUUGACACAUUCAUUGGACACAGUUUCUAAAAAAGUUAUCACCAAAGACAACAAAUAUAUAGUGUGAUGAUGAUAACCUUACAACUAAAUAUAAUGCAUGCUAUUGUUUUGACAUGACACUGUACUGUGGAGUUUUGUUAGGAUGUCAGUGGGCCGAUUGAUAGCAUCCAGAACGGCCAUGUUCUGCUGUGACAUGCAGGACAAGUUCAGACCUUCCAUCAGACACUUCCCAGCUAUUCUGUCCAAUGCCAACAGAAUGUUACAAAGUGCAAAACUUCUUGACAUUCCCCUGGUAGUUACAGAACAGUACCCUAAAGGUUUGGGAAGCACCUGUUCUGAGCUGGAUAUAGACCACUGCUCUAUCAACUGCCCCAAAACAAAAUUCAGCAUGAUGAUUCCGGAAGUUAAAUCUUAUCUUGAAGAAAAAAAGACCCGAAAAUCAAUUGUUCUUUUUGGUAUAGAGGCUCACGUGUGUAUACAACAAACAGCUAUUGAUCUGAUAUCGCUCGGUUAUGAAGUUCAUGUUAUCGUGGAUGCUACUUCCUCAAGAACUGACACCGACAGAGUCUUUGCUUUUCAGAGAAUGAGGCAAGCAGGGGUGUUCCUAACUACAAGUGAGAGCAUGAUCCUAACUUUAGCGGGAGGUUCAGACCACCCCCAGUUCAAACAGUUGCAGAAAAUCAUCACAACUGAGGCGGAGGACACAAAGUUACUCACCUUUCCAAUGCUUUGAAAUCGAUGAUCUAUAAACUAAAAAAAUACUAACAAUUAAAGUAGUGGCUUUGUUUUUUACUUUGUACUCUUGUACAAUGUACAAUGUACAUGUACAGUGUACAGUUUACGGCAAGCAAUGCCAAGCUCAGUUAGAGUCUAGCUCAAAAUUUGGGGCUAAGGACGAGCAUGAUACAUUUUUAAAAAUAAUUUCGUGUUGCUGUUUUUUCAGAAUUUGCAUGGAUUUGGGUUAAACAAAGUUUGAAAUGUUACAAUAUCUCAUUUAUAAUUUCUAAGUUCUGCUGUUUUGGAAUUAAAGUAUACUGUUUACAAAACAAGAUCUGAUUACACUUUGAUAGUGAAUUUUUUCUA